AAACCGUUCGAUAUCGGUCGUGGAUAAUGAGACGCGAUAAGUAAACGACGAUGCUUUUAUAUUUAUUUUAUUACAAAUGUAAAAUUUCGUUUAAAAAAAGUUGCUAAUCGCGCGGGAAUUUAUACGGAUUAAAAGGUUGAAUAAAAAAUGAAAGAAGAUUAAAGUUACUGCGUAUUUUUGAUAGAGGCGAAAUCGUGCCGCCAAGUGUGUUUAUAACCUAAAUUAAUACGCUGUUCUAUCGAAUUGUAAAUUAUUCGGUCUGUGAUAUUUGCUGACAGUUGUCGAACAAUUUUUCUGAAACGACAAAUCUGAAAAUUUAAAUAUAAGAUUAUAUCCUUCUAAUAUGAAUGUCUUACGUUCGUGUGUUAGAAGUAUUAUUUUAAGUAAAGGAAUACGCUCUGUAAAUUAUGAAGGACAGAGAUGUAUUAAAAGAUGGGUGGCUCCAACACAAAUAGAAAUAACUAGACGCAAGAAGAGAGAAUCUAAAUUGAUCCCAAAGCGUAAUACUUUUUUGGAAUGGAAUAGAUCCGCAGAGAUUUAUGCGUUUAAUAAAAGGCUAUCCGAAGAUUUCAAACCUGAAAAAUUAGAACAAGCUUUCACUUUUAGAUCGUAUGUUAUUCAAGAAGAGCAACGGCAGAAAGAAAUGGGAAUGGAAGAUCCUAAGCUCGAUAUACAGGAUAAUACAGAGCUUAUCAUGAAAGGCGAACAGCUUACUUCGGAAAUUGUACAAAAUUAUUUAACCCAAGUUUUACCUCUAGCACCUGAGAGCGUCAUAAUUUCAUUAUACAAUUAUCUUCUUUCUGAGGAAAUUCUUGCCAAGGUAGCUUGUCAUAUUGGUGCAAAAGAUAUUAUUUUAACUGAAGAACAUCCAGUAACAGAGAAAACUUUAAGCGAUACGUUUUUCGCACUUGUUGCUGCUCUCGCAGAAAGUGUAGACGCGAAUCACGCGGCAAAUUUCGUUAAAGAUUUCCUAAUUGUACUUCUAGCUGAGAAAGAUUUAACAGAAAUUUGGAAUCCAGCUGAACCUGUCGAAAUUUUAAACGACGUCCUACAGAAACAAAACAGAGCACUCGCCGAACCGAGACUUAUCGGGAAAGCGGGACAAAAUACGCUUUUAGUUGUAUAUCAUAUAGCAAUGUAUUCCGACAAAAAGUUUCUGGGUUCAGGCUUUGGUCAAACAAUCCAGGAAGCCAAGAAUGUAGCUGCCAUAAAUGUCCUAAGUCGAAUGUUUGGUUUAUUAGAUUCUAGUAAACCAGUCAAAAUCGACCAUGCGAUAAAUGUAUUCUCGUAAAAGAAAUGUAAUUUUUAAUUUGCAAACAAAAUAUUUAGUAUAGUAGUAUAAGAAAUAUUGAAA